AUGUUUUUGACAGCCCUGGAAGCUUACAGCCAUACCAAACAAAUCAACAAGGUACGCAAUACCUUCAAUACCUACAAGUUCAACUAUCGGUUGAAAAUGAGCUCUUAUAUACAGUAUAUGCAAGCCGUCAUCAAUUGUCAGGACAUACCAACCGCCAUUCAAAUUUUUCGAGAUAUCCAUAGUCAUCCUCGAUUAAAAUUUCAACCUGUCGUUUCUCAAUGCCUAGCGCUAAUAUUACCUUUCUUGAUUCAAAAUCACAAUUUUGAUGCAGCUUUGAAAUUGACAGAUGAGUUUAUUGAAAGCCAACAGCAACAACAUCAUGCAAAAUGGCAUGCGAACUCAAAACUAUAUAUAACUCAAGUGUUAUGGCAAGGUUUUUUGACCUAUUUACCAUUACCUUCACCGUCAACUUCAAUAUCCGAUGGACAUGCACUUAUACCUGUAGAUGGUACUAAUGUGCCUCUAACUUCAAAAUCUUUAGAAACGUUCGUAGAACAGUAUGCCCAAGAUUUAUUCAAUUUGAUUCGGUUAGCCCAUCCAUAUGUCCAGCCAACGGUGAAAACAUGCAAUGCCCUAAUCCAAUUGAGCGGCAGCGAUCAGCAACAGUUUAAAUCAAUUCUUCAAUGGAUGAAGAAUUCAAAUAUUCAACCUGAUGCAGAAACAAUUGGUGUUAUUUUAGAUCAGUCUUAUUCUCAAAUUAUAACACCGGAAAGAGCGAAGGAGCUGUAUCAAAUACUGAAAGAACAAUCUACAAUAACAACAACAGGGAAAAGUGAGAAUUUGAGCCGUACAUUAUGUAAUGCGUUCGUCAAGUUAUUGCCGUGUGAGGAUGUAUAUCAAUUAGAAAUUGAAGCCAAAGGAAAAGGAAUCUUCAUUGAUCCUUUAUCGAUGAUUAAAGGAUUUAUACGUAGGAAAGAAUUUGAAAAAGGUUGGACAUGGCUACAGCAUCAACAACAUCAACAACAACAACAGCAGCAGCAGUGUAAAAUUACCCUGGAUACUUACGCAACAUUAUUGGAAGGACUGUUACAAGCAGGUCAAUGGAACUCUCUGAUCCAAUAUUACGUUUCUUUGGAACAACAAUAUGGUCGACAAACGAUGAACACGCAUCGUAAAUUGGUUUCAUGUGCUCUUACGGCUCAUUUAGCCAAGCACGACAUCGAUAGCAGCCUUCAAUUAUUGAAAUCACUCAGAAAUCAAAUGACUCCCACACAUAUUUAUAAAACUACUCUCAAUCUGUGUCGACUCGAAUCUGAAAAGUCUGGGUACCCAUUAAUCUAUGGUAGUCAGAUCGUCAAAUCACUGCGGAUCAUGGAAAGUACACUGCAUGUCUAUUUAGACGCUGAAAAAAUGGCGCGUAUCAUUGCAAAACUGGGUCAUCGUGGUGAAUGUCGGGAGGCGCAUAUGCUCUAUCGAUAUGUUCGAGAGGGUGGCCAUGCCGUAGCACGUGCACGUGGAGGUGAUAGUCGUAUUUAUCGCGCUAUGAUGUCAGCUGCAACAUUGAAUAAUAGAAUGGAUUUGCUGGAACGAACGUGGCAUGAGAUGUGUUAUCGAAAAUGUCGAUUUCUUGAUGAGCCAUUUGAGAAGGAGCAGCCAAAUUUGGCGGCUUUCAAUGUAUUAUUGAAUGGUUAUGCUUCUCAAUUGCCCCGACCUGAUAUUAACCGUAUCAGCCGGAUUUAUGAGCGACUGUUAGAACAAGGAUUGCAACCUAAUCUAGUUACAUACAAUAUUUUGAUCAAAACAUUUGUGAAUUGUGGUAAUAUGGAUGCAGCUCAUCAACUGUUUGACGUCAUGAUCAAGGAGCAAGUAUUAGACAAAGGGGAUAAUAACAGCAACGUACGCUUGUAUACUAGCAAUACAUUGCUUAGCGGUUGGAUCCGCCAAGCACAAUGGGAUAAGGUGGAAAAUUUCGUCAAAGAUCAUAGAGAUAAAUUAGAUAUUGUGACAUUUAAUAUGCUGGUACAAUGCUUUUUACAUCUGAAUCCGAAAACUGUAUCAGCAUUGAAAUUACUGAAAUACCAACAUCAAUGGAAAGUGAGAGAAAAUUUCCAACAAGAAUACGCCAAAUGUAUGUCAAGUGAUAAAAUUUGGAAUUUAUUUGAAUCGGUGACAGGUUAUACUCGCCAUACAAUAGAGAAUAUACCAUUAGUACACUCAACCACUUCACCGACGAGUAUAUCUACUUUAAGCAUACCGGCUUGGCAUACAUUGCUGAAUUCUAAUGAUACCAGCAGCAGAAAGAAGGCCGAGGGCGGAUUUAUAGACUAUUUUGUAAAUGUCAAAGAACCUAACGAAGCUACUUAUAAUCUAUUUAUGAAGGCAUUUACCCAAGUCAACGAUCAAGCAUCUGCCAAGUCAAUAUAUUCAUGGCUGAAAUACCAGCGACAACAAGAGCUGUUGUAG